AUGACAACAAAAAUUGAAACAACUAGUCCUCUUUACCUUCACCCAUCAGAUGCAAACAACUUUCUACCUAUUGAAAAACUUCAAGGUACUGGUAAUUACAGACCUUGGAAACGUUCUAUGGAGAUAGCUUUGGCUUCAAAAAGAAAGCUAGGGUUUGUCACUGGAGUUGUGAAGAAAGAUACCAGUGAUGCUGUAAAGGGAGAGGCCUGGGAAACUUGUAACAGCAUGAUAAUCUCUUGGAUUCUGUCAUCUGUAACAGACCCUAUUAGAAAAUCCAUAAUGUUUGUUAACAGUGCUCACACAAUCUGGAAUCAGUUGGAAAGGAGAUUCUCUCUCACAAACGGUUCCAGAAAAUACAAGUUAAACAAACAGGUUUAUGAAACCAAACAACAAAAUAAACCUAUUAGUGAAUAUUACACUAUGAUGAAAGCUUGCUGGGAAGAGCUAGAAACUUUAAACACUCUUCCUCCUAUAACCACUAUGACAGCAGAACUUUCAGCAUUUAUUGAAGCACUGGAUAGACAAAGGGAAGAACUGAAACUAUUUCAGUUCCUGAAUGGUUUAGAUGAAAUGUAUGGAGCCCAGAGAAGUCAGUUGCUCAUGAUGAGUCCAUUACCCUCUGUAGAAGGUGCUUGUGCCAACCUAGAGCAAGAAGAAUCUCAGAGAGAUGUGCUUGGGGGUGUAAAACAAGAAAUGGAAGGACUAGCAAUGUACAGCAAAGGCACAGGGGGAGUGUUGAUGUGUAGUGCUUGCAAUAAGACUGGACAUACCAGAGAGAAGUGCUGGACUGUGGUAGGUUACCCUCCUGGUCACCCAAGAAACAAGUUCCAGCAAUCACAGAAGCAGAAAUGGAAGCCAAAUGCCCAAAAAUGGAGCAAACAUAGGCCUGGAAAUCAGAUGACAGCUGCUAAUGCUACAACCAGUUCCUAG